AUGAAUCCCACGGCACUUCGUGAGGUCUCAAACCUGUCCACAGGUUCUGGAGAUGUGAAGCAGCGACUUGCUCAGCGGCGCAGCGCUAAUUUAGAGUCGUGUCGUUAUCCUUACUCAUCCAGCGCUGUGCGACACGGCUCCGGCAGUUUGUUAAGCCUUCGCUCAAGUCUCUACAGCCCCGUAGGUACGGCAGGGAAGGAGUCAUCUGUAAGCCCUCAUGCUGACCGGCUUCGUGAGAAUAAUCCGGUAUACUGCAGCGAUGUUAUUAAGGACAUCACAACAAUGUACAUGGAAAGUGAGAAGGAGGCUAUAUACGGUCAGGUCCUUCCGUCACCCCGCUAUUUAACGUACCAGCCAGAGAUAAACGAGAAAAUGCGAAUGAUUCUCGUCGAUUGGCUUAUUGACGUUCACCUAAAGUUUAAACUACAUCCCGAGACGCUUUACCUCACGGUGAGCAUCGUAGACCGCUACCUUUCUUCUGUUAACACGAGGCGUACGACCGGACGGUACAUACCGCGUUCAAAGCUGCAGUUAGUUGGUAUCACCGCCAUUCUUCUUGCUGCCAAGUACGAAGAGAUAUGGCCUCCGGAGGUGAAGGAGUGCGUGUACAUAUGUGCCAAUACCUACACUCGUGAUGAGGUCAUUCGCAUGGAACGUGAGAUGUGCACUGAGCUGUCCUUCCGCUUUACUGUUCCAACGCCGUUUCCUUUCAUUGUUCGAUUACUUGACGUUGUUGAGGGCCUCGAGCGGCAGCAGCAGACGCAACAGUUGUCACAUCAGCUACAGCAGAUCCAAUCGCAGUCGCAAUCUCAAUCUCAACAGACACAAAUGCAAGCAUCACAGUCACAACCACAAUCUCUGUCGCGUUCCCGCUCACAGUCGCGUUCGCAGCCGCGCUCUGAUGAGGAAUGCACGGCAUAUGUUCUACAGCUUCGGCACACCGCUUUCUUUUUUCUUGACCACGGCAUGCUUGAUUACAAAUGCCUUCAGUUCUCCCCGUCGCAGCAAGCAAAGGCCGCCUUGUUUCUUGCACUAGUGACACUACACAUGAAAGAGCAAGGCUCAUCGUAUGUGCUGAACAACGAUAUCAUAUGGACUCGUCAGCUUCAGUACUACAGUAAGGCUCAAGUACGUGAUUUCAAGGCGUGCGCGAGGACCAUGUUAGAUUUUGUGAGUUACGUCUCCACAACGCGUUACCAAUCGGUGCGUCGCAAGUACAGCAGCUCAAAGUAUGGUGAAGUGGCUAAACUGACUAUGCCUAGUGAAGUACCUGACUUUUGA